AUGAGAUCUGAUGAAGAUGUUGAUUUUUUUUCUAAAUUUUUGAAAAAAAAAAAAUUAGCAUUCAGACAGAAUCCUGCCGUGAAAAUGUCAAAUACAGCUGAGAACAUUUCCAACUACAACCACAACAACAGCAACAACAACAACCACAACAACAGCAACAACAACAACCACAACCACAACAACAGCAACAACAACAACCACAACAACAAUGAUGAUAAUAAUAACAAUAAUAAUAAUAAAAAUUCCCUAAAACGACAACAGCAGCAACAACAACCACAUGACUACCACGACAACGACAUCAACAACGAUAACAACAACAUCAACAACAACAACAGCAACAACAUUAAGUAUUGUGGCUAUAUAGUUGAUCUCGUUGAGAAGAUUUGUGGCAUUUUGCAGUUGAAAUUCAACAUUGAUAACCCAACCGACGGAGAAUACGGACAGCAGAGAUUCGAUGGAAGUUGGAGUGGGCUUGUUGGGGAAUUAGUGGAACGAGUGAGUGAAUUGAAAAACGAAUGA